GGCCACAUUAUCAUGAUCCAGCCUAAUCGUUCUACGCUCAAGUAAUGUCACCCAGUACUGUCAACGUCUUCGUAGUCUCCCUCGAUACGCGCUCAGAGCGUCGUUUUGACCUUCAUAUCACAGUCGAGCAGCUUAAAGCAAAGCUUGAACUUAUAACUGGGGUACCAGUGCCCAACCAGCAGAUCUCGGUAUGCGAUGGCAACGAUGAAUCUCACAUCGUCGUUGGUCUGGAUGAGGACAAUAGAUCGCUUGGUUUCUAUGGAGUAAGAGAUUGGCAGAUUCUAAAAGUCACAGAUACCAAUCCAUCCGUUUCACUCACAGGCCAGUUGACCGAUGUUUCGCAAGUCGAAAAAUUUGAGCUAAGUAAGGAGGCUUAUGCUGAGCGACAAGACAGUGUUCUCGCAUACAAGCAACGAAACAAAGUGGGGCGUUUUGCACCAAAAGUCGAGUCCGCGAACACACCUGUACCGCGAGUCGAUAUCCCUGUCGGUUCACGAUGUGAAGUAGAGUCAGCGGAAGAUAAUUUUCACAAGCGUGGCACUGUAAGAUUCGUAGGGCAGACAGCUUUCGCCCCAACAGGCAUUUGGGUGGGCAUAGAGUAUGACGAACCAAUUGGAAAGAAUGAUGGCUGUGUUCAAAGACAACAGUACUUCACUUGCGGUCCAAGUCACGGCGUGUUUGUUCGUCCGGAUAGAGUUUUAAUUGGCGAUUUCCCUCCUGAAGAAAUAGACUUUGAUGACGAAGAGUUGUAACUCUCGCAAAAAAACCGCCUUGCGUGGUGCAUAAUCUCGGUCGUGAAAACAGCGGGACAUUUCUUCAUGUUUGAUUUACCUUAGAUAGGGUUCGAAGCAUCGGAUGGUGAUUGUUACUUGGCUCUUGAUUAUUGCUACUGUAUAUCCAGAACAGUCAAAAGGUUGAAUGCCGUUCA